AUGAAUGAGUUCCCUGUGCAGGUGGAAACUGGGCACACUCGCCACCAUUGUUUUCCACCUUUGUGGUCCUCCCUUGUGUUCUGUGAGAGCAGUUCUAAAACUCCUGCUGUGGAGGUGCAGGUGUGUUUAGGGAAGACUAGUACCUUUGAUGAUGCUGUGGUGGAGACGGUGGAGGAGGCCACGGAGCCCGCCGAGGCAGAUAUCACUGGGCUGUGCCAGGACGUGUUCUCCAAAAUGGCCACGUACCUGAUGGGUGAGCUCACAGCUACCAGUGAAGACUAUAAACUUCUGGAAAAUAUGAACAAACUGACUAGCUUGAAGUAUCUAGAAAUGAAAGAUAUUGCAGUAAACAUAAGUAGAAACCUAAAGGACUUAAACCAGAAAUAUGCAGCCCUUCAGCCUUAUCUGGAUCAGAUCACUCUAAUUGAGGAGCAAGGAGCAGCUCUUGAGCAGGCAGGUUACAAGUUGGAUGCAUAUUCAAAGAAACUAGAAGCAAAGUACAAGAAGUUAGAGAAGCGAUGA